UGUCAGAGCUUUGUGCUCAUCAUACAGCAGUCCGCCGCUCGCUCUCUCUCUUUGUCCUCAAGGCGACUGCACGGUCCGCCUGAAUGUAACGUUAGAUAUUUCUUUUUUUUUGUAGUGGAGAGUAUUUUGAGCCAUCUAUUUAAAGACUGUUAAACGAUCAGAAGAGUUCAAAGAUGGUGUUAGUACACGUUGGAUACCUGGUUCUUCCAGUUUUCGGCUCAGUACGAAAUAGAGGAUCUCAGUUUAACAGGCAUCAGCAUAGCCAUGCUACCUCUUGCCGGCAUUUCCACGUAGGCCCCCAGGCCCAGAUCCCUGUUGACUUCCCAAUGCCCCAUCCAGGACAAUCUCAGACGGGGAUGAACCCGCACCUCGCCCCGACGCACCAGCCAGCCGCCCCGCUCCAUCCUCCCCUCAGCCACAUGCCAGCGCCACAGUUCCAGGACAUCCAAGGCCCCCCUUUCCUACCUCAGGCUUUACACCAGCAAUACCUCAUCCAGCAGCAGAUCCUGGAGGCACAGCACAGGAGGAUCCUUCCACAGCCCAGCAGACAUGCCCAAGAGAGAACGCCCCACCAUCCCCAGACGCUGCGCCCCCCCUAUGAAUACGCCCCUUCUAUCCAUGUCCCUCCUCCUCCACCUGUCCCACAGCAGCCACGCUACCUUGCUGAAGGAACAGAUUGGGAUUUGAGUGUGGACCCUGGACUGCCUCACCCACAGUACCACGUCCCUCAGCUCCCUCAGCACUAUCAGCACUACCUGGCCUCUCCCAGGCUGCACCAUUUCCCCAGGAACGCAUCCUCAGCACAAGUGGUUGUCCAUGAGAUCAGAAACUACCCAUAUCCGCAGUUACAUCUGUUGACCCUGCAAGGCCUCAAUCCCUCUCGCCAUGCCACCGCUGUGCGGGAAAGCUACGAGGAGCUUUUACAGCUGGAAGACAGGCUCGGUAAUGUGAACCGAGGGGCUGUGCAAACCACCAUUGAGCGGUUUACAUUCCCUCAUAAGUACAAAAAGAGAAGACCACUGGAGCUGAAAAUAGGGAUGGAUGAGGAUGAGCUGGACACAGACGAGAAGUGUACAAUAUGUCUGUCGAUGCUUGAGGAUGGAGAGGAUGUGAGGAGAUUACCCUGCAUGCACCUCUUCCAUCAGGCCUGUGUGGACCAGUGGCUUGCGACCAAUAAGAAGUGUCCCAUUUGCAGGGUGGACAUUGAGACGCAGCUGACUCCGGACAGCUGAUGUCUUCUGUAGCGCCGGUGAAAACCCUGCCCUUUCUCCCUAUCCCUUCUUGGGUACUUUGCCAAAUGUCUGUCUCUCCAUCACCUCUCACCUUUGACCUUGCCUUCUGAGCCAACCGAAGACGUGAAGCAGGUAGGAUUAAAGACAAACCACGACGCAAGCGAAAAUGGAAAGGAGCGGGAGGAUUCAUGGAGAAAGAAUGUUCAGAUCUGUGCGAGCGUCCAAGGCAGCUUUCAGUGGGACUUCAGUGGGCUUUUGCUGAGUCUGUCAAUGAGAUCCUGUCAAGGUCCCCUGCAUGCACCUUUCUGUGUAUUUAGGACAGUAAGCGCAGCUCCUGGAUGAUCUCGACUGCAGAUAACCUAAAGCUUUUUCCUCCCUCACAAUGUUAGAGUUGAUAUUGCAUUACGACGUAAAUAUUACGAGAGCCUCUAAAUUUCCAAACAUUAGAAGUAGACAGUCGUGUAUCUCAGAUGUACUGCAGUCUUCUGUGGCGUAGGGGAGUGCAGUCGAUCAACUCAAAGUAUUCAGAAUGAGCACUACAUGGGAACAGUCCACGAACGGGGAUGGUACGUUGCGUUAUUGUGAAAUGUAAUGAGUAGAUUGGGAGGUGAAGUGGAUUUCAAACAAAAUCCAAGUAAGCAACAUGUAAGGAUAAUCUUGUUCUCACAAGUCAAGUAAUCCAACUGUAUGAAAUGAUACUAACAAACAAUCCUUAACUGUAAUUAUCAGAAGUGAUGCUUAAUGUACUUUCUGUAAUCAUGGUGACAGCAAGGCCAGGCUUGACUUAAGCUGUGACAGUAUGUAUUUGUGCUUGUGAAAAAUCUCCAUGCUUAGAAAAGUAUCUUCAAAAUGCAUGUUCUGUGAGUGGCCGGGGCUUUUGAUUUGUUUUUUGUUUUUGUUUCUGUUUUUUGUUUUUCUUCUUUGGGAACAUACCGGAUAGGACGGACGGUUCGUGCAUGAGAGAUAUCUUACUAAUUCUGAAGACACUGUGUUCUCAACUUGUCACUGACGUAACAAAGAGUGAGAUGUAUACCUUAAUGCCUGUAGGACAAGCACACAUUCUAAUAGCAACAGCCUACUUCUCAGUGUUUCCAUUAGCAAUGUAAGUGUGUGGUAUCGCUUGAACGUACAGUAUAUGUAGAGUUACUCAGCUAAGAAAGCAGCUCUAACGUCAUAUUGUGCAUGAAACCUGUUGCUGCCAUUUCUGGAGGAGACGAAAAGGGAGAAAAGCCAUUGUUUUAUAGAUACCAAACAUAACUUUUCUAAGCUGUAUUUUUGAGUUGAUUGUUUUCAUUCUUCCUGUUUUGUUCUUCUUCCUCUUUCUUUCUUAUUUUUUGUUUCCCUUCUAUUGAUGAUUAUGCCAACCUAGCUGUGGGGCUGGUUCAGCUUCUCACCAUUUCAAAUAAGUAGCUGCAAUGCUGGAAUAAUAUUUAUUGUUGUCUUAAUGUAGCUAGCUGUUAUUUUUGUAAAUGCACUAUAUUAUGAGGUUGCCUGACUUCGAUGUGAUUGUGAAUUUUUCUCUCGUCCCUUGCUUAUGCAUUUGCACUCAGUGACCUGUCUCUUUGACUAGUGCUAAAACGUGUACACUGCGGUCCUCACGGUAUACUCCAUCCAAAAAAUAGAAAAAGCAGUAGCAUAGCCUGACAUUGACCAUUUAGCUCCACUUGUAUUACAUGCACAGCAUUCGUUGAACCCUCAUUGGUUGCGCUUAAAUGUAUGUGACUUUAUGGCUCGGUAGCAUUUCUGAAGAGAAUUUUGACAACAAUGCACUGAAAUGCCAUAAUGCAGUGACUGACGUGUGCUCGCUUCUGUUCUUUGCCAACUUUCCCAGGUGUCCACUUCGAGCAUUGUGCUGAACUGUGCAGCAAAGAAGUGGAGAACGUUUUUAUAGAGGCCUGUUUCCGCCAGGUAGAGGAGAAAACAAUGUGUUUUUUUCCUUCCUUUUCUGGUUUUGGAAGCAGUAAUGUCAACAAUUCGACUUACCUUGAAAGAAUGACUUAUUGUUUAUUUGCUCAAAAUAAUGACUUAUUUUCUCACAAUCUUGAUUUAUUAUCAGUGUAAUGACCUAUCCCAAAAUAGAUUUAAAGUCAACCUGAAAUUAAAGUUGACUCUUUUUUCCUUGUUAGUUUAUGGUUCUGUUUUGCAUGAUUUGUCAUAUAAUGUCACAUGUAAAGGACACAAUUCUUGUUUCUUCGUAAUCCUUCAUCAAAACGAUUUUUGCCUGCCUCUAAAACAUCUUCUGAGCUUUAAUUACAUCAUCGUACACCAGCAGGGGAGGAAAUUGAUAUGAACCAAUAAUAGCAUGUGUUAACCCCCCUCCAACCACCCGGGCAAAAAUGCUCAGCUAGCCCAGAGACCCUUGGAAAAAAAAAAUUGACAGACAAUUUGAGAACUAUUAA